AUGACAGAGCAUUCCACGGAACCGAUCCCUCGACCGUGCGGCCCGCCGCCACCCGUCAAGGCACACGGCUAUAGCAUCGUCAAGAAUGGGAAAAACGGACUCAAAUACAAGUUCAGAUGUGCCAAGGCUCGCAAGUACAAGGAUCAACGCUCCUCCGAAAUUCACGAGAGCAAGCGGAGGAAGUCCAGCACCCAGAUGACCGGCUGCAAGUUCCGACUGACAGCCAAGCCGCUACCUGACGGCAAGUGGCUGUUAGAGGUGCCUGAAGGGGAGUUCUCAGGUCACAACAACGUCAAUUGA